AUUUAAUAAGCCGGCGAGUCAAUAUUUAAAAGGAAAAUCAAAUCAAAAGCAUUUUGCUUUCAAUGAGGCUGUAAGGAUUUUGUAAUGGAGGGCGGGAAAGCAUUGUUUAAAAUGCAGAAAAUAGGGACGAUUCUCCUGGUGUAUGCGCUAGCAAUCGCCCAAGCCCAAGACUUUCUUCUCUACGGGUUUGUCGACAUUGCUACAGAAUCCAUUUCUUCCUCUCAAAUUCAGCUCUCUGUACAAAUUGGGAGCUAUAAUUGGCAGCAACCGCUUAAAUGGAGGUUUUAUGCGUUUAAAACCCCAAACGAUGUAAGGAGUGAAGGUGUUGGGCUGCUCUCCCUGAACGUUUACACCCGUCACGGAUAUCUGGAGAGCUUAUGGACAGAAUUCUUUGUUAUUCCCUACUCCGGAGGAGCUCUGCGCCUCGACAUUCGCCAUCCCUGGAAAACCUUGCAUUGUGGGGGAUUUGAAGGCAAGGCGGUUGAUUCUGAGGCUAAGCUUGAAGCUGAGGAGGAAUCCUAUGCUGUUGUGCCAUUUGUCGUGGGGGAUAUGAUUAGGUAUUCCCGUUCCCACUCCUACUCAGUAGUUUAUAGCUUUUGCUGCCCCCAGUACAAGUGCCAAGGAAAAGGAGAAGACGGUUAUGACAUAAUAAUUCCCAGAUCAAUGGCGAUGCUGCCAGAAGGUACAACAAUCCUACAAGGCGACAGACAUGUGUGCUUGCGUUCGCUGGUUAUAGGGUAUCUAGCUGCACAGUUGGUCAUAAGAUGGUUGCAGUCUCGCAUUCACAAAAGAAAAAGCCAAUUGAUGACGAUGAUGGAGUGGAGUAGAGGAGGAGAUAGGAAGGAAGGGAGAAAGCGGUGGGAAAUGAGCACAUAUUACACAGUCAAUGAUGAAAAUGAGAAUGAGGUCAAGAUGAAUAACAGUAAUAAAAGGUUGUUGGUUUCAGGGCAAGGGAUAUAUGAGGAAGCCUGGGCUUGGGCAGAUGCAGAGCAUCGCCUCACCAAACUUAAUGCAAACUGCUGUUUUUAUUUUAAUUGUACCACAACCACUAGCCUCAACAACAUGAACACAAAAAAAGGAGGAACAUCAACAGCAGCAGCAGUACCGGAGGGAGAGGGCCCAUGGAAUAGGGACGCUUUUGGCCGUCUUAUCAGGAAUUGACCAGGAGAUUAUGCCCAUGUUAUAGACUGUCUCCUCGUGCUGUUGUAAAUAAGAACUUGAUUUCCACAUGACAAUGUAAUUAUAUCAAUAUGCAUGUUCGUCCACAUACAGAUGCAUUCCUGGGGUUCUAACUCUUGCCAGUAGGAUACUGUUGUAAGAACUUUGCCAAAUUCUUUUAUUAGUCCCUAUUAACUUCACCAAUGAUAUUCUUGGAUAUUUUCCUUUAAAGUGUGAUUCUCUAAUGCUUAGAAUUUGCUUAAAUAUAAACUUUAGAAAAUCAUCACAAUAAGAUGGUUUUUGUUAGUUUUUAUUUUUAUUAAAGAAAUCAAAUCUUAGCGCAUUUGCGGCAAA